AUGGCACCGCCGCGCAAACUUCUCGAGCCCAGGCCCACUCCGCCCGCCGGCCCGCCACCCUCCCCCUUGCCCGGCGCUCGCGCUCCGCCGCGUUCUCCCGGCCGGGAGCCGGCAGAGGGGCGCAAGGACGCACGGCCCUACCCGGACAGGAAGUGGGUCCGUGUUUCCCACUCCUCGGCGGCCGCUCCUUCCUCCGCGGGAAGGGAAGGGCCGCGGAGGCCGCGGGCUGGCCGCGGGGUGGGCAGCUCGGCUCGGUGCUUCUGGAGGUGCGGGCUGUGGCCCUGGGGGGCUGAGAGCAGCUCAGGUUCGGUGUCGGCCGGCAUCCUCGUUGGCCACAGCGGCCUGCAUGGAUGA